AUGUCCAGUAUACUUUAUAAUGCCAACUCGCGGCUUGUGGUCAAGUAUCAAAAGAAGUACCAGCUAGCUACAAGUUCCCUUGAAUCUGAGGACGAGGGUCAGGAUGAGCCCUUCAGCUCUACCCAUCCUAAAGACUCACGCGAAUACCUACUCGACCUCUGCUGUAACGUUUACCCAAAGCACUUGAGCAGCAGGCUGCAGACGUUACCAGAUUGGUCGCUGGCGAUCCACGCAUUGGUGGCGUUGCUUUUCAAGAACUUUGUCAAGACAUGGUACGGAGAGAAGAUCCCCACGACCGAUGAUGCUUUGCUUGUGCUACUUUUUGAUAUAUGUGAUGAGACCAUAAAGAAUAUCCACGCAUCUGAGGUCAAUUGGAGCCAAAUACUAUGGAAUGAUAUACCACAGAUAUUGGACUCUCACAUGGGAGCUAUGUCUCAAGUUAUGACCGAGCAUCUCACAUACUCUGAAUUCGAGCAGCUGAACCUGUACAAGGGUCAAUAUCCUGGCUGCCUAGUUGCGAAGAUCAAUGAGAUAUCGCACAAUCGCUCCGAGUUGCAGCGCGCUUUCUUAGAUGGGUUUAUCGGAGAUCUGAUUUUGGGGAAGAUAGUUAGUAAAACAGUUGCGCCCUUUAUUUUAAUUGAUAUUAUCCGCAGCACGUGUGAUAAGCUGCUGCUAAUACAUGAUGUGGAAGUCACAGUUCACGUUGAGGCAGACUUGAAGUCACGGAUAUGGUCAAAGAUUACAAAAGCGUUCAAGCUUAUCCAAGAUGAGCAGGUUCCGGAUAUGAAAGCGGCUGUGCCCAUCGGUCACAGCUACAUCUUUACUUUCUUCAAGAAUAUGUUUUCCCUUGAAAGGAGGAAACCAACCGUAUACUCCCUUGUGAAGGCCGUUCAGAUACUGGUCGACAAAGUUUAUCCCUUCUCGUAUUUAGCUCUUAAGCUCGUGGGAUGUGUGAACAGAGCAAUCUUGAAUAACAGCACCAUCCAGCAUGCUUCAAUUGCGUUCCGCCAUGCACUGUUCCCGAAAGAUAACAAAAUGGCACCAGGGAAGCUAGAGCCCACGGAAGAAGAAUUCCUGAUAUUAAAAGUGGAAUGCAUCAAGAGCCUUUGGAAUGUAUGUGCAAAAUACAGGCUCCCGACUGUGCUUGGGCUCAAGAAGCAAGAUGUGGAGGACUUUGUAGAGGCAAUAUGCUAUGACGCGAGAAUGAACCAGUUUCUCAUUUAUAGGAUAUCUGAAUGCCUCCUUGGCCGCCUGACAGAAGAGUGA